AUGAUUUCAUAACACCUUAAUCCAUUCAGAAAAAGUAAUCGUUAUGCAUACUCUUUAUUUGAUGAAAAAAACUCUCAUGAAAUAACUAUAGAAGAUGAACUAUCUAUGUUGCAACCAAUUCCAAAAUAUGUUUGGGAAGAUGAUUACAAUGAAUAAUUGAAAUUAGAGUUAAAAUAUUAUAAUAUAGAUAUUCAAAUACUAUCUGAUUCUGAGUGGUUACAUCUCUUAAAAACAGGUUAGUAUGAUUCAAACAAAAGUUUACUUUUAUCAAUAUUUACUACAAGAUCAUUAACAGUGAAACAAGUUUUUGAUUUUAUAACAAUGUAAUGCCAAAUGACUUGCCUAUUUGGUAACCUUAAAAAUGAAGUAAAAGAAAAAAAUUAUGAAUGUAUUAACAAAGAUGUAAAUAGAACUUUUAAAAGUUCAAACUUUUUUUAGUAAGGAGAAGUUCUUCAAAGAUUAUAAGAUAUAUUAGUGGCUUACAGUAAUUUAGAUUCAGAAGUUUCUUAUGGUUAAGGAAUGAAUUUCAUAGUAGCAGCUCUCAUUUAUUUAGAUUUUAAUAAUGAUGAAGCUAUCUUUGAAAUUUUAAGAACAAUAAUUAUGGAUAAAGAUUGGAGAUAGGUAUAUAUAAAUGGAACACCUGGAUUAUUCAUGGUGAUGGCUAAAUUCAACUUUAAAUUUAAAAAAAGAAUGCCUUAAUUAUAUUAACAUUUUUUAAGAUUUGGAAUUGAAGAUCUAAGUAUGUGUGUAAGUGCAUUUUAUUUAACUUUAUGUAUGCAACAUGCACCUAUAUAAUUCUCUCUUGUUAUAUUGGCUAUGUUUUUCAUUGAAGGUUAUGAUAUUAUAACUAAAAUGAUAUUAUCUAUGCUUAAGUAUUUUGAAAAUUAUUUAUUAAAAUUAAAUGACUUUUAAAAAAUUAUAGAAUUUAUCAAAAGAGGCUUAAUUAAUAAUUUCUAUAGAGAAAUGCAAAAAUGUAGAAAAUAAUAAAGAUUAGUAUAGGUGCUGUUAGAUAUCGGAUUGAUAAAAAGGAAAGGAAAACAAUAAAAGUAAAAAACAAAGAAGGGGUUCAUGAAUUAAUUAAUCGAUAAACCAUUAGCAAUUGGAAAUGAUGUUUAUAGUUAUUUUUUUAGAUGA